GGGGAGGAGGGAGCCGGGGCUGCGGGCGGCUCGCAGGGCGGGGGACGCGUCUCGCACACGCACACGCGCGGCAGCCCCGGGACCGGCGGCUCCUCCCGCCGCAUUAAAACGAGCCAAGUUCCCCGCCGGGGGCAGCGGCGGGUCCGGGCGGUGCGGCCGGUCCGGGCGGUGCUGCCCGGCCCCGGGGAUGCACCCGAACGCCACGGCCCCGGCCGUGCCCGCCGGGCCCCUGCACCCGCACCCCAGCGGCUAUGCCAACGCCUCCAACCGCUCCGACCUGCUCCCCAAAGUGCCCGACGAGGAGGAUCUGGACGUCAACACCGACAUCUACUCCAAAGUGAUGGUGACCGUCAUCUACUUGGCUCUUUUCUUGGUGGGCACCGUGGGCAACUCCAUCACGGCUUACACGCUGGUGCGCAAGAAGUCGCUGCAGAACCUGCAGAGCACCGUGCACUACCACCUGGCCAGCCUCGCCUUCUCCGACCUCCUCAUCUUCCUCCUCUGCAUGCCCAUCGAGCUCUACAACUUCAUCUGGGUCCAUCAUCCCUGGGCUUUCGGGGGGGCCGUUUGCAAGGGCUACUACUUCCUCCGGGACGCCUGCACCUAUGCCACGGCGCUCAACAUCGCCAGCCUCAGCAUGGAGCGCUACAUGGCCAUCUGCCACCCCUUCAAAGCCAAGAGCAUCAUGUCCCGCAGCCGCACCAAGAAGUUCAUUAGCUGCAUCUGGAUCGCCUCCUUCCUCCUCGCCAUCCCCAUGAUCUUCACCAUGGGGCAGAUCUACGCCAAGGACCAGGAUCCCGACUCCCUCAUCUGCACCACCAUCGUGGACACCUCCACGCUGAAGACGGUCAUCCAGGUCAACACCUUCAUCUCCUUCGUGUUCCCCAUGGUCGUCAUCUCCGUGCUCAACACCAUCAUCGCCAACCAGCUCAUUGUCAUGUUCAAGCAGGCGGCCCAGGAGAACCAGGUGUGCACCAUCGGCGGGCAGCAGACGAUGCUCAGCAUGUCCAUGGAGCCCAGCCGCGUGCAGGCCUUGAAACACGGCGUGAGGGUCCUGCGUGCUGUGGUGAUCGCCUUCGUGGUCUGCUGGCUCCCUUACCACAUACGGCGCCUCAUGUUCUGCUACGUCCCCUCCAGCCACUGGACAGAUUUCCUUUACAACUUCUACCACUACUUCUACAUGCUGACAAACGUCCUCUUCUACGUCAGCUCAGCAAUCAACCCCAUCCUCUACAACCUGGUGUCGGCAAACUUCCGUCAGAUCUUUGUCUCUACACUCACACUCGUGUGCCUGCCAUGGAGGAAGAAGAAGAAACGACUGGCCUUCACCAGGAAAUCCAACAGUAUCUCCAGCAACCACACAUUUUCCAGCCAGGUCACAAGGGAGACCACAUACUGAAGCCAAAGGAGGAAGGGAAAUGCAAUUCAUCAUGGAGUCAAAACUUGAGAGAGGCCUCUGUGACUCUCGUGCAUGGUCUCCAAAUUCACGUAACACAAAUGUGUUUAGCAAAGUCAUUUUUGUUGGAAAAAUAGGCUUUGUUCCGCCAGUAACUUUGAGGUUAUUUUAAAGCAUUGGCCUUGCCUCUUGUGAGUAAUGUCUACACAUAUUGUAACUUCAGUCUGGCAUAAAUCCAGAUGUGGUGUUAACUGGGAAGCCAAAAUAUGUUAAACUUAGGCAAAACCGUACUGCAUUUCAUCCUUUUCUCAGUGCAGAGAUGCCGUGUUCACAUCCAAGGGUUUGAGAUCACAUCUCUUGGUGGCACCGAGCAGAGAACCCAAUGAGGAGAAAGCAGUUUUGAACAGAGAGGGAUGUUUUUGGAGAAUGGACAUGCUCAUCUAUGGGAUGUCCAAUGGACAAGGAGUGAAAGCUCAGGGAGCCAGGUGGUUACUUUAGAAAUAUAUCUACAUUUUGAGUAAUAUGACCAAGGUGCUCAAGAGAGCCACUCUGGCUCCUUGAAAUCAAAUAAGAACAGAUGAUGCCUUACCUAGGCUGGGGUGGCUGUGGCCUGGGGGAAUGGGGGGCAUCUUUGGCUUUAGGGCAUCCAUAGUGCCUGGCACAGCAAAUCCCCUCUCUUGCUGGUUUUGGUGUCACAACACCAAUAAAUAGCAGAGUCUCUGGCAAAGUCAAGAAUUCAGAGGCUGUGCCCAGCUGGAGUGCUGAAAAUGAACGGAAAUGGAAAAUCUUAUUCUUUCCAUACAGUCAAAUCCUAUUUUUUACUAUGGAGAACAGUUUGCUGGCCUGCAUUAAGAGGUGAGAAAACUUCAAGGUCAUGAGUGCUCCAGGCUGCUGAGGUAAGAGCAAUCUGCUCCAAUUCUGUAAGACCUUCAGAUUUUUCCCAUUCUUAUUCCAGUUUUACCUGUUUCCUCCCCUUUUCCACACAGCUGAUGUCUCAUAGGUUAUAGCAGCUGUAGGCAGCAGGGCUUCUUGUUUUAUCUUUUCUUUUGUUUCUUUUUACUGCCAUACCUGUUGGCACACUGAUCUGUACCCAAAAUCUUCAGGUAGUGCAAAUGGAGAACACAAGAAGGUCUAACCUGAGGAGUCUUAACUCUAAAACAACUUUUUUCACAAGCCAGAGGAACAAGAAAUUUCUCAGUUCAGGACAGGUGGCAUGAGCUUUUCUCCCAUAUGGUUCCACCUCUAACAGCCCUUUAACUAUGUGAUACAGCAUGUUGCUCCAGAGUCUUUAAUACCAGAAAUCACAGGGCUCUGGGACAAGUUGAAGGGCUUUCCCUGCUGUC